AUGGUGGAGAGGCAGAACAACAUGACUGCGUUGCUGCUCACGAACCCAACCUUUGUAGGCGUUAGAGACGAGAACGGUUUUCGUGAUUAUAGGAUGCCUUUCAUGCGCACCAUCCAUCUCCCAACCAACCAACCAUCCAUCCAUCCAUCAAUUUGCGCAUGGCUUGAAGUUGUUCAUACUCUCCUGACAAGAAAUCUUGAGUUUGAGGAUCGUCUCGAAGCACUCGUUUAUUCUGCUGUUUAUCUGAAGUGGAUCAACACUGGUCAGAUCCCGUGCUUUGAAGAUGGUGGUCAUCAUCGACCAAAUAGACAUGCUGAGAUUUCAAGACGUAUUUUUGGUGACCUUGAAAGAAUGACCCAUGGAAAAAACGCUUCAUCAAAGGUUAUACUCGUGGCUAGGAAAAUCCACCCUUGCCUUCCUUCGUUUAAGUCAGAGUUUACAGCCUCUGUUCCUCUUACGCGAAUACGAGAUAUUGCACACCGCAAUGAUAUUCCUCAUGACCUGAAGCAAGAGAUAAAGCAUACUAUACAGAAUAAGCUUCACCGUAAUGCUGGACCAGAAGAUUUGGUUGCUACAGAAGCUAUGCUUUCUAGGAUUACAAAGAUACCAGGGCAAUAUAGUCAGGCAUUUAUAGAACAGUUCAAGAUAUUCCACACGGAGCUUAAAGAUUUCUUUAAUGCAGGGAGUCUGGCAGAACUUCUGGAUUCAAUUAAAGAGUCCUUGGACAGCCAGUGCUCGGAAGCUCUUAACCUCUUUCUGGAAUGCAAAAGGGUUUUGAAACAUUUGAACAAUAUGAAUAGAAGAAGACAAAAUGUAUAUAGGAGGCAAGAACAACGAGAAAGGGAUAAUGAGCACUGGGGCGAGUAG